GCUCCCGGGAGGGGCGGUGUGGAGAGUGACCUGUGCUCGCACACAGGCUUCUUGGUGGCGGCAGCAGCAGCCUUAGCGUCUCAUGCCCGUCUCUGGGGUCUGCACUGAUAGCUGCGGCUUGCGCCCGUCUCUGGAGCUCCUUUAAGCGGCGCUCUGAAUCCCCUCUCCUCGCGCACCAGGAAACAAAGAGGCAAGAAAAAGUCCCUUGCCUCUUUGGCAGCUCCAGACCUUUUCCCGGACUCCCUCCAGGCUCGCUGUGGCGCACUAGCCCCUUCAGGCUGUGUUCACGCCGCCAACCCCAGUCCUCUCCCUGCGAUCUGACAGAAGCCGGAGCCUCAGCUCCCAGCCCCGCCCGCCCCGGCGGGUGAGCAGACAGGCCUCUCGGGCUGGUGAGUGCUGGUCGACACCGAUCCUCUGUGCGGGAAUCUCUCCGCUUUGCCCUCCGCACCCCUGUGGCUGCGCUCUCCUCUGUGGCUCCGAAGCUUCCCUCUCCGCCACCCGCAGUCUCCGCCCGCGAAGGGGCUUCCUAGUGUGUGGAAACCUUUCCUCCUUCACAGCUCCCUCCCACUGGUGCAGGUCCCGUCCCUAUUCUGUUGUUUCUGUUAUUUCUUUUUUCUUUUGCCCUACCCAGGUACCUGGGGAGUUUCUUGCCUUUUGGGAGGUCUGAGGUCUUCUGUAGGAGUUGUUCCACGUGUAGAUGUACUUCUGAUGUAUUUAUGGGGAGGAAGGUGGUCUCCGCGUCUCACUCUUCCGCCAUCUUGAAGCUCCUCCCCGACAUGACUCAUUUUAAAAUCCAGUAUUCGUUAAUGAAUGCUAUCUAUCAAAAAUAUUUCUUCAUUGUCAUGAAUUUCUAUAAUUUAUUUAUUUAUUUUUAUUUAUUUAUUUAUGGCUGUGUUGGGUCUUCGUUUCUGCGCGAGGGCUUUCUCUAGUUGUGGCAAGCGGGGGCCACUCUUCAUUGCGGUGUGCGGGCCUCUCACUAUCGCGGCCUCUCUUGUUGCGGAGCACAGGCUCCAGAUGCGCAGGCUCAGUAGUUGUGGCUCACAGGCCCAGUUGCUCCGCGGCAUGUGGGAUCUUCCCAGACCAGGGCUCGAACCCGUGUCCCCUGCAUUAGCAGGCAGAUUCUCAACCACUGUGCCACCAGGGAAGCCCUCUAUAAUUUUUUGAGGGUCAUAGUGACCAAGGUGGAAAAACUUUCACCAGAAAAACGUUAAUUAUUAAUAGCAAUUACUUGGAAAGAAUAUAAAAGGAUUCCUCAAUUCUCUCAAAUGAUAGAAUGUACUCUAUAAAGAUUCAUCUGAAAUAAUGAAGACUGUUAGAACCAUAUCUUUUCUUGUCUUCUUCAGCUACAUUAAAUGUCAGACUCUUCAAAGAAGUUUACUAGAUGCAGGUAGGCAAUCCUAUUUACAAUCUAUACACCCAUGUGCCAGGAGAUGAAACAUAAUGACUAUUAACAUAUACAUGGAAAGGCUUAUCUUUCUCAGUGCUUAUCACUGUCAGUAGAGUCAUUGAAGAUUGCUAGAAAUUAACCUGUGGAAUAGAUACAGAAAGAGAAUUGAUAUAUUGAGGCAGCACACACAGGAAGAUCUCAUUUUCAUUUUCCACCUUACUUCCACUCUAGGUGAGAGAAUGACGUGUUUCAAACUUGUAUUUAAAAUUGGAUAAAUGAUUUUAGAUAGAGCAAUAGUGUUUAUAGUAGCAAGAAUAAUCCCAUGAACUACAUUAUUCAGUACCUACUGUGUGCCAGGCACUGUGCUCAAUGCUUCACACAUAGGCUUUCAUUUAAUCCUAACAAUCACCCAAUGCAGUAGCAGUUAUUUACAUUUGAUAGAGAAACAGAAACUCUGAGUGCUUAAGUUAUUUCCUCAAGGCCAUAUUGAAUAUCAGAGCUAGAAGCUGAACUCAGAAUAACUGUCUCCAAAGCCUUUACUUGUUAAUAUGUAAAUAAUAAUGGUUUCUUUAUUAAAUAGAUAGCUGCUAAGCUCUUUUGAAGCUAUUGAUAUUAGAAGGAAGACACUGUUUUCAAUAGAGAGGAUGUGUAUGUGUAUGUGGUGAGUGGAGACGAUGAAGAUGAAGAUGAUGAGCGAAUCCAAGAUGUAUGAGUUACUGUCUUUGCCAAAUUAAGCCUGGCAAAGUGUUAAAGUUUAUACUUUUGUUCCUAAUGCCAGGCUUUAAUUUUCUUAGUGUUCUUUGCGUGUGCUAGUAACUUCUAAUAAGAGAUAACCAAAGAGUCAAGUUUAAUUAAUUCAGAAGUAUCAAUACAGGUAUGUGCAACUUAUUUGUAAGCCAAAGACGGUUUUCAACUACAUGAUGUGUUUGACUAGAAAGAAAUCAUUCACAAAAUAUAGUUUAAAUAAAAGAAAAGAUAUAUUCUUAUAAUUUGUUCUGGUUUAUGAUAUAAACAAAAACAAAUCAGGAAAUUUAUGAAUGAAUAAAUAUAGAUUUGAAUUGUCAAGGGGGAUUUCAGUUUGGAAAAUUUCCUCUUCUGUAAAUAAAAUCUCAUUUUUUUUUUCAGCCAUGCAGCACACUAAUAGCCAGAAUUAUCUAGAGGAGAACUUAAGAGCUGUCACUAGUAUUAUGGUUGCACAGUUUCUUCAGAAAUUGACUUAUGAAAAAGUACAAACCAUAGUUAAAGAAUUGCUAGAUCUUGCAGAGAAGUGCAAGAGCCUCAAGCCACACGAAUCACCUUCAGAAUGUUGUCACCAAUUGAUGACUACCUUCCUAGAGCAUAUUUGCAAUAACCAAGUGUUGGCUGACAGACAUGUAUUUUCUGACUGUUGCAAUACAAAUAACUCAGCAAGACACAAGUGCUUCCUAUCAUACAAAAAGGAUGUUGCAGGUUACAGUGAUAUAUUCCAAAUUUCAAAUCCUGAGCAGAUCUGUGAGAUCGACAAAGAGAAUCCAGUGCCAGUGAAAGAGAAGUCAGCCUUCUCGAUCUCAGCUCAGCUCCUGACACCUCUCUUCCAAGGGGUAACUCAGGAGUGCAAGAUCCUUCCAUCUUGGAGGUACAUUUAUGAAACUUCUAGGAAACAUCCAUUCUUGUACGGACCCACUAUUCUGACCAUGUCUGCUUGCUACGAAACAGCUGUUCAGUCUUGUUGCCGAGAAGAAAAUAAGACUGAAUGCUUCCAGAUAAAGCUAGAACCCAUCAGAAAAUACAUUAGAGAAAUAUCUUUGAGGCAUCACCACUUAUGUGAGAUUGGGAUUAAAUUCAACCACAAAGUAGCAAAAGCAGUGGAAUUGGUUCUGUUGACUAAAAAACAACCUAGAGCUAACUUUUCUGAAAUUGCCAAACUGGCCAUGGAUAUUAAAAAUCUGCAUCAGAUCUGUUGUGAAGGAAAUGCAGUAGCAUGUGUGCUUGGCAGAAGCCAGCUUAUGAACUAUACCUGCUCUAAACAGGCUACGCUAUCCAGCAAGAUCACUCCAUGUUGUGAACUGCCAGAACCAUUCCGAGGGGAAUGCAUUAUCAUCUCAGAAAAUGACGAACCUGAUCCCUCAUCCCUGCCACUUAGCAGGUUUACAGAAGACCAGUUUGUAUGCAAACAAUUCACUGACAAACAAGAUGACUUCCUACAAGAGUUUCUUUAUGAAUAUUCAAGAAGACAUCCAGAGUUGGCAGUUCCAGUGAUUUUAAGAGUGGAUACAGUAUAUCAAAACUUACUGGGAAAAUGCUGUAAAUUAGAAAAUCCUCUGGAAUGCUAUAGUCAUGGGGAAGAGAUGUUUCAAAGAGUGGUUCGUGAAAGCCAUGAGCAUGUGAAAAAUCAGUGUGAUUUACAUGAGAAAUUAGGAGAUAGUAACUUCCAUGACAGGCUCAUAGUCCUUUAUACUAAGAAAGCCCCACAACUAUCUGCUCAGGAGUUGGUUAUAUUCACGAAGAACAUGGCAGCUGCUGCCACCAAAUGUUGUCCACUGAAUGACGAGCAACAGUUUGCUUGCAUGGAGAACUCGGCAAAGCUAAUUCUUGGAGCUUUAUGCAGAAGACACGAGGCAGAGCCUAUCAAUGCCGGCGUGGGUCACUGCUGUGAUGACUCGUAUGCCUUCAGGAAGCCUUGCUUUGAUGAUCUGCAAGUAGAUGCAACUUACAUUUCUCCACAUUUAUCCUGUGACCAAGUCGUCAACCUUAAUGAGGACUUGUGCAGAGCUCAGGAGGAGGAAUUACAAACCGAAAAGCAAAAACUCCUCAGCAACCUUGUGAAGCAGGAACCAUAUGCAGCAGAGAUGCAGUUCCAAUCAGUUAUUGUGGAUUUUGCUCACCUGGUGGAGAUGUGCUGUCAAGCAGAGAAAAGUGAAAUAUGUCUCCAAGAAGAGUGAGAAGUUGGAACCAAGGACAGUAACAAAAAUAAUAAAACCAUUGAAAAAUAACCUAUUUAUGAAAGGAAGUGAAAGAUUUUGGGGACAUUAAAUACAAAGGUAAGACUGGAAUAUAAAAGCAAUAACCUUACAUGAAUAGGCUUAGCAAAAAAUAUAGGAAUAUAUGAUCAAAAUAUUUUGGAAUCUUAUCAUCAAGAAUUUCGGUGAGUCUUUGUGCCUCUAUGUUUGUGGAAGAGGUCUAGGUUUGACUGUAAUGCAAAUGAAUAAUACCUAGUGGCUUUGGGAGUCUCCAUGGAACCAAAAUCCCAGAAGUGAAGAGGCUUAGCCAAUUAGCAGUCUGUAGAUGUUCCAAGUUAGACUAACUGCUCCAGGGACCUACAUGCAUUUUCUUUGUUUUCUUUUCUGAGAUUAGAAUAGUCAAUUAUGUGAAUCUGUUCUGCCUGUUAAAAGAGAAAGUGGGCAGGUUUGAAGACUGCCUUUCUAGCUAUGGCUAGUGGGAGGGUAAAACAUUUUUAGACAAGAUGGAAGACAUAUUUUGAGAAGUAAACCAGAAUGCAGGAAAAUUCUAAGGAGAAAAAAGUGAACCAAAAUUAAUGUUGGAAUGUUGGUAAGAAUAAGAAUGAAACAAAAAGAAGGAAUAAAAUAAGAAACUCAACCAUACAAGGUGAAUUUGGAUCUUCCAAAGAAAAGGAAUUUCAUAUUUCAUGAACUAAUAAUGUGAAUUGUAGACUUCAGCAGUUUUAAGGAGAAAACUACUCAGAAAUUCUCUCCUCUAGGUCAGUGGGGAAUGAUAAUUGUAGCCUGAGAUACUUAUCUGUCACCCAACAGAAUAUAACAUAGAAGAAAGUUAACAAGAAUUAGCAGGAAUUUGGGCAGGUUGAAAUGAUGGUUUGAAAAUAAUACAUGAAAUUUAACAAUAAAAAAAGCAAAGUUCUGCUUUUAGUUGUGACUCAACACAAGUUCACGGGGAAAGACUUGCUGGUUUAAGUGGUCUAUGCAUACAACUUGAUGGGUCUACUAUCAAAGCUAUUGCAAUCUUGGGAUGCAUUUCUGGAGAAAAAACAAGGAUCAGAUUAAGCAAUGUGAUAUCGCAACCACAUGGAUCAGGUCACUCUGGAAUACUGUAUUUAGUUUCUUAUGAUAUAUUACACAAUUUUUGAAAAUUACAUAAGUAAUACAUGAACAUGGCAAGAGUUCAGACAGAAGAGCAGGGUACAUUUCCCAUUCCCAAAAGGUAAGCAAUUUAAGUUUUCACUUUUAGUAUUCCUAGUGAUUACCAUUAUUACCUUAAUAGUUUUUUAAAAUAUUGCUGUCACUUAAAGAAUAUAGUAUACUUACCUUAACUUCAACAAUACUACCAGUAGACUCUCAAUUUUUUUUUUUAGGUAAAGUAUUUUUGUAGUUUUAGCUCUUUUAUUCGUUAUACUCUAUUUCUUGGUCCUUCGACUUCAAUCAGCAUCUAGUGAUUUUCCAAAACAUAAUUAACAUGUCUAAACUUCUUUUGAUUUCUUUGCCAGCUUUCCUUUUUAAAGCUAUACCAUUACUUCCACACUGUCUAGGUUUAUUCAUCCUGCUUUGUAAAUGUAAGGUUUAUAUGCUUUGUCAAUAGGUUGAUCCAAAAACUGGAAGGUAUUAAAUAGUGUUCAAUAGUGUGUUUAACUGUAAUAUUAUUUACAGCUGUACAAUGAAUGGAUUGACCAAUAGUUUAAUGACUUAUCCUGUAUCACUUAAAAAGUGUCAAGAUUAAAUGAAGUUUUUUUUCUUACUUACUAUCAACUGCAGAAAAUAUGCCACAUUUAUUUAGUUUUACAUAUUUGGACUAUGAUUUCCUAGUACAUCCUUCUUUUUUGAGAGUUUCUAAUUACCAUUCUUUUUCCAUGUUGACAAAUAAAGCAUCUACUUUCAUCACACCACUAAAAUAUAUCACACCGCUAAAUUAUAUCAGGUUCUUAAUCAUACAGUUUUUGUAAUAGAAUAUUCUAUCAUCUUAAAGUUUGAUAAGAUUUGAAACUUAAAGUUUGAUAACAUUUGAAAAGUCCUCUGACUUAAUCUUUCAGUUUGGAUUUAGUUAUUUCUGGGACUGAUUUAUGGCUGUCCACUAAGAGUUUCUUUUUAAGUGUAACUCUGUGUAAAAUUGACUAUUUCUAACAUCCUAUUUUGUGUUUUUUUCCUUGGAUUCUUUUAAGUUUUUUUGGCUACAUUCUUAACUUAUGUAUGUAUGUAUUUAUGUAUUUUUUCAGAAUGGGACCCGGGUGAUAAACUUUUGGGGCCCUUGCAUAUUUAAAUAUUAUUUCUCCCAUAUGUUUACACAGUUAUUUUUUAAGCUGGUAUGUUAGUUGGGGUUCUUUAGUUGUAAAUAAUAAGAUCAAAUUCUGGCUAACCUAAGUAAAAAUUAGUACAUUGAAAGGAUAGUAGUGACUUCAGGAAUCUUUAGGAAGUUUAAAAAAAUGGGCUGAGCAGGAGAUAAGAACCAAAGCAGCUCAGAAAUCAAUGACUUUCUGGUCUUUUACUGCUUGUACUUCUCUAAUGUUACUAAUCUGAGCUUCUUUCUCUGCAUUUUGAUAUGUUGAUUAAUAUCACACUAAUGACUUUAUUUCUCAGAAGUUCAUUAUAGCUCUUACAUUGAUGGUUUUUUUUUUCUUUUUAGCAUCAGUAGGCUUUAUUCUUUCUGGUAUAUUGUUACUAUUAUUGAAUUGGGAUUUCAAAAGAGAUGAGAGGUGACCCAUUUUAAAAGGAUCUUGUCAAGUUGUUAUGUCCAGCAGUAUCUAGAAUGUAAAAAGGUUUGAAAAGCAUGUCACAGGAUUUGGAGAAAUAGACUAGUAAUGUUUACUCCAAAGUCUUCAGAUGGAUGACAGUUUAGCAGUCUCCUAUACAGACAAUGUACAGGCUGGAAGAAAAUAUUUGCAAACAAUACUACUGACAAGGGAUUAAUUUCUGAAACAUACAAACAGCUCAUACAGCUUAAUACCAAAAAACCAAACAAUCCAAUCAAAAAAUGGGCAGAAGACCUAAAUAGACAUUUCUCCAAAGAAGACAUACAGAUGGCCAACAGGCACAUGAAAAGAUGCUCAAUAUCACUAAUUAUUAGAGAAAUGCAAAUUAAAACUACAAUGAGGUAUCACCUCACACCAGUCAGAAUGGCUAUCAUUAAAAGGUCUACAAAUAAUAAAUGCUGGAGAGGGUGUGGAGAAAAGGGAACCCUCUUGCACUGUUGGUGGGAAUGUAAAUUGGUGCAGCCACUAUGGAGAACUGUAUGGAGGUUCCUUAAAAAAACUAAAAAUAGAGCUACUAUAUGAUCCAGCAAUCCUGCUCCUGAGCAUUUAUCCAGAAAAGACGAAAACUCUAAUUCAAAAAGAUACAUGCACUCCAAUGUUCAUAGCAGCACUAUUUACAGUAGUCAAGACAUGGAAGCAACCUAAAUGUCCAUCGACAGAUGAAUGGGCGAAGAAGAUGUGAUAUAUAUACACAAUGGAAUAUUACUCAGCCAUAAAAAAGAGUGAAGUAAUGCCAUUUACAGCAACAUGGAUGGACCUAGAGAUAAUCAUACUAAGUGAAGUAAGUCAGACAGAGAAAGACAAAUACCAUAUGAUACAACUUCUAUGUGGAAUCUAAAAAAUGAUAUAAAUGAACUUAUUUCCAAAACAGAAAUAGACUCACAGACAUAGAAAACAAACUUAAUGGUUACCAGAGGGGAUGGCAGGCGGUAGGGGGCGAUAAAUUAGGAGUUUGAGAUUAACAUAUACACACUGCUGUGUAUAAAAUAGAUAAAAACAAUGAGGAUCUACCAUAUAGCACAGGGAACUAUAUUCAAUGCCUUGUAAUAACCUAUAAUGGAAAAGAAUCUGAAAAAGAAAAAUGUAUAUACUUGAAUCACUUUGCUGUACACCUGAAUCUAAUACAACAUUGUAAAUUAACUAUCCAAUUUUAAAACAUGAAUUAAAAAAAGGAAAUAAAUUAACAUUCAAACAAAACAGAACAAAAAAAGUCAUGGGUCACCGCGGAAGUAAGGAUAUGUAAAUUCCAGAGGUAUUUUUAAAAACAAGCCUAAAUAGAUUUCAAUCUUUCUAGACAAUUUAGGUGUGGUACUGUUUGAAGGUGGGAAGAAGAACUAAAUUACUAGACUUCUAACCAUUUUCUACAGGAUCCUAGAGGCGCUUAGGAGUGCGAGUCAUCUAUCCCUCAGAUGUGUGUGUGUUCAUACCUUAGCAGUGGAGUUCUAGGCGUCCCAUUUCCACUAAGCUAAAGAUUUCACUUUUAUCUACUUGGGCUUCCACAAAUGAUUUUUAUUUGAAUAAGGACUAUACAGGUACAAAUUGGGGAAAACUUUUGGACUUAAUAUCAAGGUCUACACCAGUACAUAUGAAGGGAGCAGAGAUAAUCUGAUCAAUUUUAGUGGUUUUGUUCCUCUUGAAUUUCUAUACCUGAAUAUGUAGUGAUUUAGCAUGGGAUUACCCUAGAGCUGUUUUAAAAUGCAGCGCGAAGCUGACGUUGAUUAUUCAUUCUUACCCUGCAGCAAAAGAGUGCCAUAUUUUUGUGAGGAGGAAGCAAAUUUUUAUUUAUUCUAGGUCUGGGGUCCUGAAAGUGGAUGAGGCAUUGCAGUUAAUUAAGUCCUUAAGCUAAGGGACUAGGCCUGUGAGAAAUUCUGAGACCUUGAGAGGCGGGCGUAUUAGAUCCCAUCUCAGGCAUGCAAAAGGGAAGUCUUAAAGAUUUUCUGCUUGGGGAUCAGAGCUGCUUAGCUGUUUUCUCUUUCUCACAGAUGUGCUUAUUUGCUUUUUUUUAGGGGUCCAAACUGAUUAAAAAGUGCCAGUCUCUUUUGGGAGGCUAAAUGAUUCCAGCAUAUGUCAAUGUACAAUCUUUGCUGAGAACUGCUUUUUGUUUUUCAUUAAUAAUGAAAUGCAUGUCUAAUAUUCAAAAGAAGAAUCAACACCAUUUUUCAGCUACUAGCAAUGUUACUCAGGAACAUUAGCUAGUCUGCACUAAAUCUCUCCUUUCCUACUCAGCAGAGAAAUCUACUUAUUGUAACUCUCCUACAACCCACUUCCAUUCCUUCUCUCUCGCCAUAAGCUUUCUACUUCUCAGAAGCAGCAACAGAAAUAUGAAACCAAGGGGCCUUUCAAAACCUCAGGUGGGGGGCUUCCCUGGUGGCGCAGUGGUUGAGAAUCUGCCUGCCAAUGCAGGGGACACGGGUUCGAGCCCUGAUCUGGGAAGAUCCCACAUGCCGCGGAGCAACUAGGCCCGUGAGCCACAACUACUGAGCCUGCGAGUCU